AUGGAGGAAAAAAUCAACAUCACUGUCGAGUUUAGCGGAGGUCUGGAGGUGUUGUUUGACAACGAGACUAAACAUCAGGUGUCGCUGACAAAAGACGCUGAUGGUGGAAAACCUCCAACCGUUGGCUAUCUUGUCAGCUAUAUUUGCGACCACCUGAUGAAGGAUAGCCGGAAGGAGUUAUUUGUUCUUGACGGCGCCGUACGGCCCGGCGUUCUAGUUCUGAUCAACGAUUCAGAUUGGGAACUCGAAGGCGAAGACAAAUACGAACUGGCCAACAAGGAUAAUAUCCUAUUUGUCUCAACAUUGCACGGCGGCUAAGCCGUUAUCUUUAUUCAAACACUACUAUUUCAAAGAUUUGGUCGACAUACUCAUCACGCAUCUCAUCGUGCAUUGCCAGUACAAGCAAGUUUACCACAGGAUAUUAUCAUACGACGUCGUGCAUUCGGUGAGCCAGAAUCUCAGAGUCUUCUGGCGUUUUGGACCCAGAUGCUUGUGGCUCUGGUGUCCCAGGUCCCCGGCUGAUACCGAUGCGAGGGCUUGCAAUGCCGCUGCCCAGGCCAGGAAUUGGGGUUGCAAAACCGCUUGGAGGAGCAGGCGCUUUGAUACCUUCA